GUAAUCGUUUAUGCAAGGAAACUGAUUUCAUGGAAAAAAUGAAAACUUAUAUAUGGGCUUCUCAUUUAGAAAUUGCUGAGUUUGAGGAAGGUUGGGAGGCAGUAAUUAAAGAAUUCAAGUUGGAGUCGAACAAGUGGCUGUUAGAUAUGUAUGAAAUAAGAUCGUCUUGGAUUCCUGCUUAUUUUAGAGAUGAACCAAUGUUUGGCUUAAUGAGGACUACGUCACGAUCAGAGAGUGAGAACUCUUUCUUUGGUCAGUUUCACAAACAGGGUGACACUCUUUGCGAGUUUUGGUUGCGAUUUCAGAGUGCUAUGGAGAGACAACGUAAUGAGACCGAGAGGUUGGAUCACGAGUCAGAUUCAUUCACUCCAAAUAUACUGUCAAGGUGGUUUAUUGAGGAUGAUGCAGCAGCCAUAUUCACAAGGGAGAUAUUUUAUAAAAUUCAGGAAGAAAUACUUGCAGGAUGCUUGGAUAUGCAAAUAAAACGUAUGAGUGAAGAGAUUGAUGGUGUUACUGCUUUGGAAAUCAAGGACGUGAAAAUCAAAGAUAAAGUUUUUAAGGUGUCUGUUAGUAAAAAUCAUGCUGUUUGUUCUUGCAAGAAAUUCGUUAUGUGUGGAAUAGUAUGCAGACAUGCUUUUUGCGGCUUGAAACAAAUAGGGGUGACAAAGUUUCCUAGGAGCCUUGUGUUGAAUAGAUGGAUGAAAAUAGCAGAAAGUGGUACUUCCUCUGCAGCGCUUUCAGUAUCAGAAGAUUAUUUGAAGAUGGAGAAGGUUUCGUUAAAAAUAACAGAUAUUUGGUUUGAUUUUCGGGAAUUGGUUAACAAGGCUGGUUUUCAUUUGGAGAAGCUUGAUGUUGUUCAUCAAACUGUAUUGCAGUUGACAGCUGAUCUUGAGAGUUCUAAUGAACAUGCUGAAUUUACUAAACGAGAUCAUUUGGCAGCUAUGGUUGGUGACCAACCUACUGGACCUAUUGAAGUUCUUGCGCCGAAUGUUUGUAAGAAUAAAGGAAAUUUUUUCAAGAGGUUGAUUAGUGACAGGGAGAAGGCGAUUAAUAAAUCUAAGAAGAGAACGCGAAAAUGCAAGUUAUGUUCGGCAACAACUCAUGAUUCAAGGACAUGUGCAAAGAGGCAGAAAGUGUGAUUAUUGUUUUUACAUUACUAUAUGCAGGGGUAUAAAACAAUUUAAGCAUUGUAAAUAUUUUGAUAUUCAAUAUUGUUUAGAACUGUAUUAUGUCCAGAGCUAUAAAACAAUUCAAGGUUUGUUAAUAUUUUGAUAUUCAGUAUUGUUGA